UGCAGUUUCUUGAAUACCUGCGGUCCUUCAACGCGCCCGAUGUUAAGAACGUGAAAAUGGUGAACGAAGUGAACUUACCAACUGCUGAUGCUGGUAGUGACUCCCUUAGUGAGCGCUUGGAAGCCUCCAAUCGGCUACUGCAAGAAAUGCAGGCAGAGCACCGACAGUUGCUGAUAGAGAUGGAAACAUUGAGAGCACGUGCUGCAGAACUUACCCGUUUAAAUGUGCAGCAGCAGGCGCAGUCGAACAAAGAACAGCAACCAACCCAAGCACAAAUUUCCACAACAGAUGCUAUUGUUCCUACACCGAUAAUACAGAGAGCUGAGACAGAACCCGCACAAGCAUGGGACGCCCAAAUAGACCAUGAAGAAGAAAAUGAAAUCACGGACGACAAGAAGGAAACGGCCAGUUAUUUACAGGAAAAAUUAAAUGAAAUAUCAGCCCUUAAGGCGCAAUUCAAGCGCGUGCAGCAUAUAGUGGAUACCACUAAUGUUAUUGAAAAACAUAUAGCCACAAAAAUCACACAGGCGGCGCCUUCAAUAAUUGAAGCUGAGUGUGCAACGGAAGCUCAGCCAUGUUCUGUACCAGUCGUUGCAGCAUCUCCAAUGACUCGUCCGGUAACGGACAAUGCGGAGUUGCUCAGCAUAAUGUUAAAUACAUUUACAGACUUUACAAGUGAUUUGCGUGGACAUGCCGAAUGUUUGCGCGCAGAGCGGGAUCGUAUAAAAACCCUAAAGGAAGACAUCAUACGUCAAAGGCAAAAGAAAUAGCUGGGUACAAUCAUAAAUAAGAUGUAAAGCGCGCGUCGAGUUUCCUCCGCGUUGGCAGCACUCUGAUAGAAUGCAGCCCUGGUCUAAAAAUAUCGAUAAGGGCUAUUAGCAGACGGUCUUGACUGUAGUGCACAAAUAAUUACCUGCAGUUGCAAUUUGAACGCCGUUCGGAGAACAUCUACUCGAGUGCUUAAAGUACAAGUGAACUAAUAGCAAGAAAUUGCUAAAAGGGGGGAGAAAAAAAAAAAAAUAACUGAAAACUUUGCAACUCACUCUAAGAAAAUAAAUAAAUAAAAUUAAUUUACUCCUAA